CAAAUUCAAGUAAUUUCAAUUUUUGUUUUCAAGCUUUUUAUUUAAUCCGAUCUCUCUCUGUCUCUCCACCCGAUUUUCCAAACUCGUCGUUUUAUUUGGGGUUUGAUUAACUGCUCAUUCGAUUUCAGUUUUCCUCCUUGUCAAUGGCAGCUUCAUCAGACCCAUGGAUAAAAGAAUAUAAUGAAGCAGUAAAAAUUGCUGAUGAUAUCAAUGGCAUGAUAUCUGAGAGAAUUUCCUUACCUGCAUCAGGACCAGAAACUCAGCGGCAUGCAUCAGCUAUUAGAAGGAAGAUUACAAUCUUAGGGACUAGACUUGAUGGAUUGCAGUCCCUUAUCUCUAAACCUGCUGGGAAGCCCUUAACAGAGAAGGAGAUGAACCGUCGCAAGGAUAUGGUUGCAAAUUUGAGAUCAAAAGCGAAUCAGAUGGCUUCUGCAUUCAAUAUGUCGAAUUUUGCAAACCGAGAUAGCCUGUUGGGGCCAGAAACAAAGGUUGAUGCCAUGAGUAGAACUGUUGGUUUGGAUAACUCUGGCCUUGUUGGUCUUCAACGACAAAUCAUGAAAGGCAAGGGUCUUGAGAAGUUGGAGGAGACAGUAUUAAGUACAAAGCAUAUUGCAUUGGCGGUUAAUGAAGAACUUGAUCUGCAUACCAGACUCAUUGAUGACCUAGAUGAACAUGUCAAUGUUACCGAUUCUCGCCUACGGAGAGUGCAGAAAAACCUAGCAAUUUUGAACAAGCGAACCAAAGGUGGUUGUUCCUGUAUGUGCAUGCUAUUAGCCGUUAUCGGAAUCGUGAUUUUGGUUGUCACAAUAUACCUUCUGAUAAAAUAUUUGUAAUUACCAAGAAUUGCAAACACAACAAGCUCGCCAUUGUUGUAUGUGGGCGUCGAGAGUGGAAUCGGUUCAGUUAUUACCUCCAUGUUGGAAGCU